UCUGGCCUUGGGGUUACUUCCUCUUUCGUAAACGCGGCUGAAGUCGCUCACGCGUUGACAGUUUUUUUAAAUCCUUAAACCUUUCUCGGGGGAAUUUUUGUUUUUAAUGCCGUCAUCAACUACCUGGAAUUUGAAUCAUUUUGCUUUCCCAUUACCGUGGAACCUUGCCCUUCAGUCUGAGGAACGUGUCUCCGAAGAGCUGGCCCCCGUCCGUGCUGCAGGUCUCGCGAGAAGGCGACAUCUCUCGCGAUACUUCCUUGUUUCCAGAAUCCUUAGCGCGAAGUGGGAAAACAUUCAUUUAGCUCAGCUUUUUAUGAUCACUGCCGUUUCUUCAGUGGCUUCCCUGUUGCUGGUUCUCCGUGAGAAAUGGCGGCUCCAGAACAGCCGCUGCCGAUGUCGAGAGGAUGCCAGAGCUCUGCUUCGCUUUCUCCGCCGCGGGGCGACCGAACCCUUCUAGUGAGGCACCUGCCAGCCGAGCUGACCGCUGAGGAGAAAGAGGACUUACUGAAGUAUUUCGGGGCGCAGUCCGUGCGCGUCCUGUCCGAUAAGGGGCGACUGAAACAUACAGCUUUUGCUACUUUCCCUAAUGAAAAAGCAGCUAUAAAGGCAUUGACAAGACUUCAUCAACUGAAGCUUUUAGGUCAUACUUUAGUUGUUGAAUUUGCAAAAGAGCAAGAUCAGGUUCAUUCACCAUGUCCUUCUGCAAGCACUGAAAAAAAGAAAAGGUCUGAUGAUACUGUGGAAGAUGAUAAAGAAAAGAAAGAACUUGAUUGUUUAACCAUAGAAAAUGGAAUUGCACCAAACCAUGGGCUGACCUUUCCUCUAAAUUCAUGCCUCAAGUAUAUGUACCCACCACCUUCAAGCACAAUUCUAGCAAACAUAGUAAAUGCUUUGGCAAGUGUGCCUAAGUUCUACGUACAGGUGCUUCAUCUUAUGAAUAAAAUGAAUUUGCCCACACCUUUUGGACCAAUUACUGCAAGGCCUCCCAUGUAUGAAGACUAUAUGCCACUACAUGCUCCUCUUCCACCUGCAUCUCCUCAGCCACCGGAGGAACCUCCUUUGCCAGAUGAGGAUGAGGAAUUAUCUAGUAAAGAAUCAGAAUAUGAAAGCAGUGAUGAUGAAGACCGUCAAAGAAUGACCAAACUAAUGGAACUAGCAAAUCUUCAGCCCAAAAGACCAAAAACAAUAAAGCAGCGCCAUGUGAGGAAAAAGAGAAAAAUAAAGGAUAUGUUGAGUAUACCAUCAUCUGCUUCACACAGCAGUUUACAUCCAGUGUUGUUACCGUCGGAUGUAUUUGACCAACCACAACCUGUAGGUAAUAAAAAAAUUGAAUUCCAUAUAUCUACUGACAUGUCAGCUGCAUUUAAGAAAGAUUUAGAAAAAGAACAAAAUUGUGAAGAACAAAAUUGUGACUUACCUGCUUCUGAAGUUGAUGCAUCCAGUAUAGGAUUUGGAAAAAUCUUCCCAAAACCAAAUUUGAACAUCGCAGAGGAGAUUAAAGAAGACUCUGAUGAAAUGCCAUCAGAAUGUAUUUCUAGAAGGGAGCUGGAAAAGGGCAGAAUUUCUAGAGAAGAAAUGGAAACACUUUCAGUUUUUAGAAGUUAUGAACCUGGUGAACCAAACUGUAGAAUUUAUGUAAAGAAUUUAGCUAAACAAGUUCAAGAAAAGGACCUUAAAUUUAUUUUUGGAAGAUACGUUGACUUUUCGUCGGAAACACAACGCAUAAUGUUUGAUAUACGCUUGAUGAAAGAAGGUCGCAUGAAAGGACAAGCUUUCAUUGGACUUCCAAAUGAAAAAGCAGCAGCAAAAGCAUUAAAGGAAGCUAAUGGAUACAUUCUUUUUGGAAAACCUAUGGUGGUUCAGUUUGCUCGAUCUGCUAGACCAAAACAAGAUUCUAAAGAAGGAAAAAGAAAGUGUUAAAAAUUAGUAAAGAAGCAUUCCUGCGUAAAUACUGCUGUAAUACUGUCAUACAAAGUGUAUCCUUUCUUGUCGUAUCCUUUUUGGGGCAGUGAUUUUUUGAUUUUCCUGCAAGUGUUUUGUCUCUCCCCAACCCAUUGAUCCAGUUUAAGCAAUAAUUUUUUUUACAAUGUAUUGAAAUGAAGUAUUUUAAAAAUUAUCUGUGUUGAUUGAACAAAUCUUUUAUGUGGUUUUUAGAUUUGUUGCUGAAUUUUCUGUGUUGUCCUUUAGGUUAUGUAGUUUUUCCAGGGAAAGUUAGUGAAUCAGGUUCCAUUUGAAUUUUUCAUAUCUCUCAAGUGCUUUCCAACUUUGUGGAGACAAAAUUGACCACCUGGACUAUGGAACUAUUGAUAUAAAUGGUUCAGGAAAAAAAAAGACUUGGCUGAAAUUGGGAGAGGAUAUUGAGAAUGAGAAAGGAAGACAAAGAGAAAGCAAGCAACUGAAAAGAAACAUGGUAUGCAAACUUGAUUAUCUUUGCCUUCAUUUCUCUAAUCUUCACAUGUGACUUAUUAUCCUGAGAAUAAACCUUAUGGGUAAGAUUGUACACAGAGAACCCUUUUAAGAAUUUCCUGGUCAUUAGCAGGAGAGUAGGGUAACCAUGAUAAUCAGGUCAUAAAUGUCCCGGGAUCUCAAGAGAAGCAGAAGAAGUAUAGACAUACCUCAGAGAUAUCGUGGGUUCAGUUCCAGAUCACCAUAAUAAUGCGAUGUGAAAAGCUGAAUAGUUUUCAGCUGCAGUAAUGCUACAUAAUCAAGAAACUCAAAAUCUUGGGAGCUUAAAACAACAAAUGCUGGAUUUUCCUGCUCCGAGGUCUGCAGGUUGUUGGAGACAGCUUGGCUUCAUGAUGUUGUUUACCUGGGUUUGACUUCAGGCUGUGAGUUAAAGUCAUGUCCGAUCCAUUUUCUUCAGUCAGUGGCCGCUCAAGGUAUGUUCUUUUCAUGACGCAAAGCAGAAAUACAGGGACCAAGUCUUGUCAUGAAAGAACAUUUAAAGCCUUUGCUUGCCCCAGUGUGAAAGUAUUCCAUUGAUUAAAGCAAGACACAUGGACAAGCCUAAGAGCUCUAUUAGUGGCUUUGAGUAAGAAGUAAUGCCAUUUGAGUAAGCAGAUAUACUCUGUAUACUUUAAUAGGAAGAAUUGCAAAGCCAUAUGGCAAAAGACAUGCAUGUAUAUUUCUUUAGCAUUGACAAACUACAGAAUUUAGAAUAAUAAUCCAGACCAAAAUUAUCAAAGGCAAGUACAGACAAAAGCCAAAUUCAACAUUUAUCAUGGACACUUCAAGACAAAUAGGGUAUACUAAAUCCACAAUGUACUUAUUAGGCAACAUACUUACAAGUACAUGCACACUUUCCGCUACCAUAAUUCUAAGAUUAUGUCAUUUCUUUUUAUAAUUAAUUAUUAUAGUUAGCAAUAACUUUUAGUGAUAAUUCCUUCCAGGAUAUUAUCCACAUGAGCCAGAAGAUUCCAACAUGUGCGUGUGAUGAGUAUUUAUUGCUCAUCUCUGUCAAGCAUCCCCUCCUCCUUUAGAGGUAACAGUACAUAAGUUUCCUGGUAAGAAACCACACAGAGACCAUGUUUCACCCAUUGUGUUAAGGCACAGUUAGCCUUAUUUCUCACCUGCAGGGGUAGGCAUGUGAUCUAUGCUGGAACAAUCAGGACAUUCCAUUCCCUUGUCGCAAUGUUUGGUUCAGGGGUGGGUUUAUAUGCCGAGCCAGACCAAUUAAGAGUCAGUCUUGAGUCUUUGGCUUACACUGUUGGGAACGAGGUGCUUACUUUUUCUCUGAGUUUGCCAGUCUGCUGGGAAGUAAGCUUGACACUGCAUUUGACCAGUUUUGCCACUGUGUGGGAAAAGCCUGCCUGAGAAUGAAGCCAAGACACUGGAAAGCAGAGCCAAGAGAUGGAGACAGAAAAUGUCUUGAGGUUUCUUUGAGCUUUUAAUUCCAGUCCAAAGCCAUCUAUAUCCCUUAACUUCCCAGUGACAAAGC